AUGUUUGAGAGUAACUAUACAGUGCCUACAGAGUUUCUCUUUGUUGGCUUUGCAGAUUACCUACCUUACAGAGUCCUCCUGUUCCUGGUAUUUCUCAUAGUGUAUAUAUUGACUAUCGUGGGAAAUAUGGGUCUAAUCAUUCUUGUUAACAGCAAUUUGAGCCUCCAGACUCCCAUGUAUUAUUUUCUCAGUAACUUGUCUUUUUUAGACCUCAGUUAUUCUACAGCAAUCGCUCCUAAAAUGCUGGUGAAUUUCUUAGCGUCCAGGAAAAGUAUCUCUCUGUAUGGCUGUGCACUGCAAAUGUUUUUCUUUGCUUGCUUUGCUGAUGCUGAGUGCCUCAUCCUGGCAGCAAUGGCGUAUGACCGCUAUGUGGCCAUCUGCAACCCGCUCCUCUACUCUACACUUAUGUCUAAGAGAGCCUGCGUCUGCUUCAUUGUGUUGGCGUACUUGAGUGGGAGUAUGACUUCCAUGGUGCACGUCUGUCUCACUUUCAGACUGCCCUUUUGCGGCUCCAACAUCGUCAACCACUUCUUCUGUGAUAUCCCUCCUCUCUUGGCUUUAUCAUGUGCCGAUACCCAUAUCAAUGAACUUCUGCUCUUCGCCUUGUGCGGCUUCAUUCAGACCAGCACUUUUGUGAUCAUAUUCAUCUCUUACUUCUGUAUUCUCAUCACUGUUUUGAGCAUCAAGUCCUCAGGAGGCAGAAGCAAAACCUUCUCUACCUGUGCGUCUCACCUGGUAGCUGUUGCUCUGUUCUAUGGUACACUCCUGUUCAUGUACUUACGUCCUGCUACUAGCUACUCCCUAGAUACUGAUAAGGUCGUUGCAGUGUUUUAUACUGUUGUCUUUCCCAUGUUUAACCCAAUAAUAUAUAGCUUCAGGAAUAAAGAUGUGAAAAAUGCCCUCAAAAAGCUGUUUGAAAGAAACUUUAGUUUUAAAUGA